CCGAGGCUGCUUUGAGGAAAAAGGCCGAACGGUGGGAACAAUUCAAGAAGGGCCGAUUAGCAAAAACAGGCGAAAGACCCGGAGCCCGAACCGGGCCAUGGCAUCGGAGCGGUAUUCGCGGAUCGAAGCCGAGCUCUACUUUCUCAUCGCCAGGUUCCUCCAGUCGGGACCGUGCAAGAAAUCGGCUCAGACGCUGCUGGAGGAGCUGGACGAGUACGAGAUCAUCCCGAAGCGCUGGAGCUGGGAUGGGAAAGAGUUGAAGAGAAACUUCUCCGACUGGGUUGCGCUGAACCAGCAUAUUCCGGCAGAUUACCUGUUGCGUGUGUGUGAGCAGGUAUGUGCGCUGGUCGACGCGCACGUUCCUCCCAGCGUUCCCGGAGUCCGGAGUCUGCUGGGGACUGGACGACAGUCUCUGCUCCGCACUGCAAAGAGUUGUCCUUAUACAGUAUGGACCGGUUCUGCAGUUGCUGCCCUCCACAGGGGGCGGCCCCCCGAACCACCCAUCAGCUCUGGCAAGCCACCAAAUAUAGUGUCAGUCAUGGGCGGUCGCCAGGCAACAGGUGUGGCCCGGUUUGGCCACGCCCUUCCUUCCUGCACCUACCAGCACAUGAAGAUGCACAGGAGGAUUCUGGGGCAUCUGUCCUCAGUGUACUGCGUAGCGUUCGACCGGACGGGCAGGCGCAUCUUUACGGGUUCUGACGACUGCCUGGUGAAGAUUUGGGCGACGGAUGACGGGCGUCUCUUAGCCACCCUGCGGGGUCACGCGGCCGAGAUUUCAGACUUGGCGGUGAAUUACGAGAACACGUUAAUCGCCUCAGCGAGCUGCGAUAAGGUGAUCCGCGUGUGGUGCCUCCGAACCUGCGCUCCCAUCACCGUCCUGCAGGGACACACGGCCUCCAUCACUUCCAUACAGUUCUCUGCGUCUGCAACUGGCCCUACACGUUACCUGGCCUCUACAGGAGCUGAUGGCAUGGUCUGCUUCUGGCAGUGGAACAGCCUCACCAUGAAGUUCACUGACAGGCCGGUGAAGUUUACUGAGCGUUCUCGUCCAGGUGUUCAGAUAUCCUGCUGUUCCUUCAGCACCGGUGGGAUGUUCCUGGCCACUGGAGGGACGGAUCAUGUGAUCAGGGUCUAUUACCUGGGCAGCGAAACCCCUCUGAAGCUUUCGGACCUGGACUCCCACACGGAUAAAGUUGUCGCAGUGCAGUUUUGCAACAACAGUGACAGUCUGAGGUUUGUGAGCGGUAGUCGUGAUGGUACCGCACGAAUCUGGCAGUACCAGCAGCAGGAGUGGAAGAGCAUCACUCUGGACAUGAGCACUAAACUGCCCGGGAGCACCACAGCAUCAGGGGAGGACAAGUCGACCAAGCUCGUGGUCACCAUGGUCGCUUGGGACCACAGUGACCAAACAGUCAUCACCGCGGUCUCCAACCUUCUCCUCAAAGUUUGGGACUCCACAAAUGGCCAGCUACUGCACGUGCUCUCGGGUCACGAUGAUGAAGUGUUUGUGCUGGAGGCCCACCCUUUUGAUUGGAGGAUAAUGCUGUCAGCUGGUCAUGAUGGAAACAUCUAUAUCUGGGACAUCAGCAAAGGGACAAAGAUACGAAACUUCUUCAACAUGAUUGAAGGCCAGGGCCACGGGGCAGUGUUCGACUGUAAGUUUUCUAUUGAUGGUCAACACUUUGCCUGCACUGACUCUCACGGACAUCUACUCAUAUUUGGCUUUGGUUGCAGCCAACCCUACGAGAAGAUUCCAGACCAGAUGUUCUUCCAUACGGAUUUCCGGCCGUUGAUACGGGACUCCAAUAACUACGUUCUGGACGAGCAGACGCAGCAGGCGCCUCACCUCAUGCCCCCUCCGUUCCUGGUGGACGUGGACGGAAACCCUCACCCCCCACGCUUCCAGCGCCUGGUGCCUGGCAGAGAGAACUGCAAGGAGGAGCAGCUGGUGCCUCAGCUUGGCUACAUGGCUAACGGCGAUGGCGAGGUGGUUGAGCAGGUGAUUGGCCAGCAGACAGCGGAUGAAGGUCAGGAAGAAAGCCCGUUGGACAGUCUGAUCAGACGGCUCCAGAACCAGCAGGACGAGAGAUUGAACUCAGGAAAUCAGCAAGCAGGUGGUGAAGCAGCAGGCGGCCCUCUGUCACCACCCAACGUGGGCCUGCGGAGAAGCGGGCAAGUGGAGGGGGUCCGGCAGAUGCACAACAAUGCCCCCCGCAGUCAGAUGGCUACGGAGAGAGAUCUGCUGGCGUGGAGCCGCCGUGUGGUGGUUAACGAGAUUCCGUCAGGAGUGUUCAGGAUUAUGGAGAAGAGUCGAAUGGCCAAAGGAGAAUUGGAGCGUUUUCUCUACAACACUGAGAAGAAGAAAAAACCUGUCAGCACUACUCGUGCCGAGCCAAUCGGUGUCUCUGUCCGUUCUCUACGGAGGCCUUCGAGGAAACAGCAGCAGAAGAGACACUCGUAUCACACACGGUCGGCCCGUGAGAGGAGGAGGAGCACACACAUGCCUUCACACUCGGGGGAAGACAGCCUCGGAGAAUCGGACAGCGAUGCAGAGCAGGAGGAAGAUCAGGUGGAGAACAGUGACAUCUCAUCUGAAAGCGAGGACCAGUGGGAGAACGCCAGCAGCUCCAGUGACUCAUCCAGCGAGUAUUCUGACUGGACGGCGGACGCUGGAAUCAACCUCCAGCCUCCUAAACGACCAAUCAGAAGGCCGGCUCGCGUUGCCCAGAGCAGCAGCUCGGAGGAUGAAGGGGAGGGGCAGGGAGAGGGAGAGGAGCAGAAGAAGAAGAAGGAGGAGGAGGAGAAGAAAAAGAAGAAACCCAAACAAACUAAACAAAAAAACGUUCCUGCUGGUCAGCUUGAGGAGUGGCGUCCCCCGUCCUGGAUCAUGGAAACAGUUCCCAGACGAUCUCCCUUCCUACCUCAGAUGGGGGACGAGCUGAUAUAUUUCCGGCAGGGUCACCAGGCGUAUGUGCGUGCAGUGCGUCGUGCCAAAGCCUACAGUGUCAAUCCUCAGAAACAGCCCUGGAAUAGACUGGACCUCAGGGAUCAAGAGUGUGUGAAGGUGGUGGGUAUAAAGUAUGAGGUGGGUCCUCCCACUCUCUGCUGCCUCAAACUGGCCUUCCUGGACCCGCUCUCAGGGAAGAUGACCGGCGAGUCCUUCAGCUUGAAGUAUCAUGAUAUGCCUGAUGUCAUAGAUUUUCUGGUGCUACAGCAGUUUUACAACGAGGCCAAAGAACGCAACUGGCAACCUGGGCAGCGUUUCAGGAGUAUUAUAGACGAUGCCUGGUGGUUUGGAUCAGUGGAGAAUCAGCAGCCGUACCAGCCAGAAUACCCGGACAGCCUUUUCCAGUGCUACACUGUCAGGUGGGAUAACGGAGAAAGAGAAAAAAUGAGCCCAUGGGACAUGGAACCCAUACCAGAUGAAGCUCCAGUCCCAGAUGAGGUUGGAGACAGUGUCCCAGUAACGGAGGAAGAGCUUCAGGCAUUGCUGUACCAGCCACAGGACGGAGAGUGGGGCGCACACACACACGAUGAAGAGUGUGAGAGAGUGAUCACCGCUAUAGACCAGCUCCUCAGUCUGGACAUAGCAAAGGCGUUCUCCUGUCCUGUGGAUCUGAGGGACUACCCUUUGUACUGCACUGUGGUGGCUUAUCCUACUGACCUCAGCACCAUCAGACUGAGACUGGUACACCGAUUCUACAGAAGGAUCUCUGCGCUGAUGUGGGAAGUGAGGUAUAUCGAACACAAUGCACGAACGUUUAAUGAGCCGCAGAGCCCCAUCGUCACGGCAGCCAAAGCCGUCACCGAUGUCCUGCUGCACUUCAUUGGGGAUCAAAGCUGUACUGAUAUCUUGGAUCUGUACAGUAAGAUCAAGACAGAGCUCAGCAGUGCCGCUGAAGAAGAGGAGGAUGUUGAGGUCGACUCAGACACUCCGGGCACAUCUGCUGGUCAGAAGAGGUCCACUCAGCAGUCUCAGAAGCGUGGUGUGGCUCUGGAUGUGCGGGCGUGGCUUGGGCAGUGCAAGGAGCUGCUGAGGAGAAUGAUCGCCAGUCCAGACUCUGAACCCUUCCGCCAACCCGUCGACCUCUUUAGCUACCCAGACUACAGAGACAUCAUAGAUACUCCAAUGGACCUGGGGACGGUGUCGGAGACUCUGACAGCAGGGAAUUACGAGAACCCCAUGGAGUUCACCAAAGACGUCAGACUAAUCUUUAGCAACUCCAAAGCCUACACCCCAAAUAAAAAGUCCCGGAUCUACAGUAUGACUCUCAGUCUGUCAGCAUUCUUCGAGCACAAGAUCAUCCCCAUCAUCUCAGAUUACAAAUCAGCCGUUCAGAACCAGCGACGCUGUCAGCAGAGACUCGGCUGCAGCAAGAGGUUACAAAAUGCUCUUCCAGAGAGCAGCCCCAAAGUGAAGCACAAGCCAGUGAAGAAAACUAAAACCCCCCAGCAGACGUCCAGGAGUCGCUUACGGCGGCCCUAUCAAGAUUCAAAUUCUGCUGUAUCUGAUGAAGACAGCCAGCCAUCAUCAUCAUCAUCCUCAUCAACAACAACCCCAUUACCCUCAGCGCAACCGGGCAGCAACAGAGUCACUCGCAGCAGAACUACCACCAGAAAAUCAGACGCUCAGUGCAACGGGCCGCUCACUAACGGCGGACGGACCAAGCGCAGACAGACGGCGGUGCUCGCAGAACAGCAACAAGCUUCGGACUCCGAAAGCUCGGAAUCUUCGUCGACGUCGUCAACUUCGUCUUCCUCCUCUUCUACGUCAUCCUCAUCCUCGUCAUCCUCAGAGAGCGAGGCGAGCGACGCCGAGAUCGGCAGUUUCCCAGACGGCGGCGACCACGACUACAGCAAAGCGCCGCGGCUGUCGCUCGGCCGCAAAGGCAAGACGCCCGCAGCGUCUGCGGCUGCCGCUGCCGCUGCCGUUGCCAGUAAGGCUAAGCGCAAAAGGACAGGAGGAGAGAAAACAGCAGACCUGAAACGAGUGCGCAGGGAACCGAUCCAAGAAGCAGCACCCAGUGAAGAGGAAGAGGAAGAGGAGGAGGAGGAGGAGGAGGAGGAUGAUCAUGAUGAUCAUGAUGAUGAUGAUGAUGAUGAUGAAGAGGAGGAGGAGCCUGAGGAGGAGGAGGAGCCUGAGGAGGAAGACGAGGAGCUUGAGGAGGAGGAAGAAGAUGCGACGCCGCAGUCGCCACAAGUGCAGCAAGCUAGAGGUGGGAGGGCGAAUCAGAGGACAGCGAAAGCUGGGCGGGUAAACACUCGUAACCAAGGGCGACGGACCGUUGUAUACAACGAUGAUUCAGAGGAGGAGGGGCCCGCUGCUGACCCGCUAAACCUGGGCAUGUCCCGCUCCGGAAGAGUCCGCCGCAUGACCGAAAGAGCCAGGGUCAGCCAUUUAAUGGGCUGGACACACUGACCUUGUGACCUUGUUGACCUUUUUACCAACCUCAGACUGACUCACUACAGCAAUACUGCAGGGAUUUUUUGUUUGUUUAUAUUUGACUAUUAGUAGCUGUUGUCACGAAUUGUUUUUUUUUGUACAGGUAAAUGGUUUUUGUUUUUUAUUUUUGUUUAAGUUGUCGAGGAGACUUUGUUUACGACUCUGGAUCAUGGUGCUGCCCCCGUCUUGCUCUGGUUUCCAUGGAAGCGUGUCUCCGCCAUCAGCCGAAACAGCCUUAUUCUGGUCCAGAACAUCUAGAAAUCUUCUCUGUCUGUUUUUUUUCCUCUCCUCUCCUCUCCUCUCUCCUGUGACAGGCAGACAGGCUUCAUUUGCCGAUGUGGUGCUUUUUUCCAAUCAGUUUAAAUCAUUGCGCUGCAAGCAGGACGAUGGUGCUGUUCUCUCUCUCUCUCUCUCUCUCUAUUUUUCCUCCCCCUCCCCUCCCCCCCCCCCCACCUCUCUUUCACUUU